UAUCUGGAAAUGGAUAUACAACAUACUUGCUCAGCCCGCUUCCCAACAAUUACCAUAGCUCAGCGGCAGUGAAUAGCGUGUGACGUCACACACAUUCGGACUACUCUCAACAGACUUAAAACACGGAGCAGCUGCAGCGCUGAAUUCAUGUUAAGACACGCAUGGCGCGGAAUGUAUCUAAAGCGAAGUGCACCAGCUGCAUUAUGAUAACGCGAAUCAAUGGGUGACUGAAGCUACGAAAGCAGCUAUCAGUGAGACACAGUUUUAUUUGUACCAGUAAUUUUGAGAAACAGAUUUAAAGAGCCGACUUCACGCUUUCAGCUGAAAAGACAAGUAUGAGCAAAAUUGACCAGUCUGCAAAUGUGGUACACAGUACCUUUCUAUUCUCCGCAGGACUUCUGGGAAACAUCAUCGCUCUUUGUAUUUUAUAUCAGCACAAACGUAGCUCGAGGAGAAGCCAAGUAUCUGUAUUUUACAUUCUAGUCACGGGUUUAGUGUUAACAGAUCUAUUGGGAAAGAUAAUUGUUAGUGCAAUGGUAUUUGACUGUUAUGCCAAAAACACGAAGUUGGAAGGUUCCAUGUGCCAGGCAUUCGCUCUCCUCAUGGCAUUCUUCGCUCUGUGCUCCAUGUUGAUCCUCCUCGCGAUGGCUCUUGAGUGCUGGCUCUCCAUAGGGCAUCCUUACUUCUACCAGCGCAAUGUCACAAAAAAGAAGGCUAUGAUCAUCUUUCCGGUGAUUGGGUUACUAACGCUCUUGUUUUGCAGUCUGCCCUUGUUAAAGUUUGGGAUUUACAAAAAUUAUCCUCCCGGCACUUGGUGCUUCAUUCGGAUGACAAUGAACGGAACGGAACCGAAUAACGGAACGGAACCGAAUAAGGCUAUAGUCUUCUCAUUACUGUAUGCGAACUUGAUGGGGUUACUGAUCCUGUCCAACGUCAUUUGUAAUAUCGCAGCGAUCGUAAACCUGCAGAAGAUGUACCAGCGCUCCUUGAGAAACUGUACUUUGAAUAACUUUGUCGAAUCGGCUGCGAAUCAAAACACUUAUCCAUGUGACGAGAUAGAUAAUAUGAUAUUGCUUGGGCUCAUGACUAUCCUCCUCAUCAUCUGCUCGACUCCUCUCACUGUGCGGGCAUACAUUGGAGCAUUUGCUCCAGAUGGAAACGAAGAAAAAGACUUGGUUGCUCUGCGUUUUCACUCUAUAAACUCUAUAGUUGACCCCUGGGUAUUCAUCAUCUUCAGAACUUCUCCAUUCAGAGCACUUUUACGCAGACUCUAUAACAAGUUGAUCCAUAAGAAGGCUGCUGUCUCAGCUCGGAACACAAUAAAUGUGCUAUCAUACGGCGACAAUUCAAUUGUGGACCAGCCGCCCAGCAGUGAAACAGACAGAGUGACUUAGUGUCAUGGGAAAGACUAUCAGAAACACAGGGUGCUUCAUCACAUGUAGAUGUUUCUGACUUCUGGAGCUUCAGCCUGAAAACAUGUGAAUAUGUUAGUGGGUAUAGUCUACUUUUUCCAGUUUCAUUAGUUGCUAAAUUGCACAGAACUAUCAAGUACUUAAGAAUACUGUUACUCUCCCUGGUAACCUUGUAAAAUAUAUGAUAACCUCAAAUUUAAUGGAAAAAACAACCCAAAUCGGAUUUUAUUUAUCCCAAUGUAGUGUUUGAUGGAGAUCAUACAUAAAAAAAAAAAAA